UGUUUGAAUUUAUCAAUUUAACCUCGACCUUUCUUAUUCUGUGGGGGUUCUUUAAACUUUCAAUAAAUUUAUAUAUAUCAUACGUUUGAAAUACUUUAUCAUAUAAGCAACCAUUUUAUAGAGAUUUAAUUAAGAAAUAUGGAUAAAAAAGUUCUUGUAAUUGGAAAUGGAGGCCGCGAACAUGCUAUUUGUUGGAAAUUAUCACAAUCAAAACAUGUGAAAGUUAUAUAUGUCGCACCAGGUAGUUACAGUAUCAGUCACGUCGAAAAAGCAGAAAAUGUGAAUUUAAAUCUAGGCAAAGAUUUUCAAGAAGUUGUUGAUUUUUGCCAAAAGAAAAAAAUUGAUUUAGUUGUUGUUGGACCCGAAGAUCCAUUAUCGAAAGGAAUUGCAAAUGUUUUAAAUAAAAUUGGUGUACAUUGUUUUGGCCCAGAAAUAUUAGCUGCACAAAUUGAAUCAGACAAAUCAUGGGCUAAAUCAUUUAUGGAUAAAUAUGAUAUUCCAACAGCAAAAUGGAAAAGUUUUACAGAUUGUGAAGAAGCAAAAAAAUAUAUUAAAAGUGCAAAACAUAAAGCUUUAGUCGUAAAAGCAAGUGGUUUGGCUGCUGGUAAAGGAGUGGUAGUUGCAAAUGAUGUCCAAGAAGCAUGUGAUGCUGUGGACGAAAUUCUUUCAAAUAAAAAAUUUGGAAAUGCUGGUUCAGUAAUCGUCAUCGAAGAAUUAUUAGAGGGCGAAGAAGUAUCAUUAUUAGCCUUCACAGAUGGACAGACCAUCAAACCUAUGUUACCAGCUCAAGAUCAUAAACGAAUAGGAGAAAAUGACGAAGGUUUGAAUACAGGUGGAAUGGGAGCGUAUUGUCCAUAUCCUUUAAGUGAAGAUACCCUUAAAUAUGUCGAGGAAUACGUUUUAAAUAAGGCAGUCAAUGGAUUCCAAAAAGAAAAAUUAUCUUAUGUUGGUGUUCUAUAUGCUGGUUUAAUGCUUACCAAAGAUGGCCCUAAAGUAUUAGAAUUUAAUUGUCGAUUCGGAGACCCAGAAACUCAAGUAUUAUUACCUCUACUCAAAUCUGAUUUGUAUGAAAUCAUGAAUGCUUGUUGUACAAAAUCGUUGUCAUCAUUAAAAAUUGAAUGGAAUUCCCAAUCAAAUGCUGUAGGUGUUGUGAUGGCAAGUCGAGGCUAUCCAGAAACUUCUUCGAAAGGUCAAGUAAUUACAGGAAUUGAAAAAAUUACAAAAUUACCCGAUCAUAUUGUAUUUCAUAGUGGAACCGCUCUUAAUGAAAAAAAUGAUUUGGUUACAAACGGUGGUAGAGUUUUAAUUGCAGUUGCAAUAGCUCCCAGUUUAACACUAGCUGCAGCCAAAGCUACAAAAGCUUGUUCAUUAAUUGAUUUUGAUGGAAGACAAUUUCGAAGAGAUAUAAGCCAUAAAGGAAUUGUCAGGUCCAUAAUCCAAUUCGGUGAUAUGUCGUAUAAAAAGAGUGGAGUUGAUAUUGUUGCUGGAGAUAACUUGGUUUCAAAAAUAAAACCUUUAGCUAAAAGUACAGCACGUUUGGGUUUAAUGGGAGGCUUAGGUGGUUUUGGUGGUUUAUUUGAUAUUAAAGCCGCUAAAUUUCAAGAUCCAAUUUUAGUAUCUGGUACAGACGGUGUCGGAACUAAAUUAAAAAUUGCACAAACAUGUGGAAUCCAUUCAACAAUUGGCAUUGAUUUAGUAGCUAUGUGUGUUAAUGAUGUUUUAGCCCAUGGUGCAGAACCACUCUUCUUUUUGGAUUAUUUUUCUUGUGGCGCUUUGGAUAUUAAUGUAGCCACGGAUGUUGUCAGCGGUAUUGCAGAAGGUUGUCGGCAAGCAAAUUGCGCAUUAGUUGGUGGCGAAACAGCUGAAAUGCCUGGUAUGUAUCCUGUUGGGGAAUAUGAUUUAGCAGGUUUUGCAGUAGGAGCCGUUGAACGAAAUCAAAUAAUACCUCGAUGGUCGGAUAUUCAAGAAGAUGAUGUUGUGAUUGGUUUUCCUUCUUCUGGAAUUCAUAGUAAUGGUUUUAGUUUAGUUCGAAAAGUUAUGGAAAUAUCUGGACUUACAUAUGAUUCUAAAGCGCCUUUUAGUAAUACAGGAAAAACUUUAGGACAAGAAUUAUUAACCCCCACCAAAAUAUACAUUCGAACAAUACUACCAUUAAUAAAGGCUGGAUACGUAAAAGCAUUUGCUCAUAUCACUGGGGGUGGGUUAGUAGAAAAUAUUCCUAGAAUUUUACCCGACAAUUUGAAAGUAAUAUUAGAUAAUGAAAAAUGGACAAUACAACCUGUUUUCGGAUGGUUGGCAGCUGUCGGUGGUGUGAAUGAAUAUGAAAUGUUACGUACAUUUAAUUGUGGUAUUGGCGGUGUUAUAGUCGUAAAACAAGAAAAUGUUGAAUCCAUAUUUAAUAUGCUCAAAAAAGAAGACGCUUUUGUGAUUGGUAGUGUGAAACAAAGGAAGGAAAAAGAAGCUCAAGUAUUAGUCUCAAAUUUCUCAAGUGCAAUAUCAAAUAUAAUGAAACCACAUAUAUAUAAUUUUGUAAAUACACAUUGUAAUAUUUCAAAGAAAAAAGUUGCUGUAUUAAUUUCUGGAAGUGGAACUAAUUUACAAACAUUGAUUAAUGCAACUAAAGAUCCCACACAACGAAUAAAUGCUGAAAUUGUUCUUGUAAUAUCGAAUAAAUCAGACGUUGAAGGUGUAAAACGAGCUGAAAGAGCUAAUAUACCUGUGGUCAUUGUUAAACAUACAGAAUUUUCGACACGCGAAGCAUUUGAUGAUGAAAUGGAUAAACAUUUAGAAUCGCAUGGUGUCGAAUUAAUCUGUCUAGCUGGUUUUAUGCGAAUUUUAAGUGCAAAAUUUGUACGUAAAUGGCAUGGAAAUUUAAUAAAUAUUCAUCCAUCAUUGUUACCACUUUUUAAAGGAAUUCAUGCUCAAAAAGAAGCACUAGAGGCAGGCGUUAAAUUAUCCGGUUGUACUGUCCAUUAUGUUGAUGUUGACAUAGAUGCAGGUGCAAUUAUUUGUCAAGAAUCUGUUCCUAUCUUACCAAACGAUACAGAAUCAGAUUUAACUGAAAGAAUAAAAGCUGAAGCGGAACAAAAAGCAUAUCCUAAAGCUUUAAAACUUAUAUCGUCAGGAGAAAUCAGUCUUGGACCAGAUAAUAAAAUUCAAUACCAUAAAAUUUAAACAUAUUUGUAUUAUAUUUUUU